AUGGCAGCAUCGGGUGCCAGCAGCCCGGGCGACAUGCGUAGGAGACACCAGUCCCCAAGACCUAAAGGCCGUGCACANGAGAAUACCAAAAACGUCCUCUGUAGGAACAUCACUAUUUAUGGCAGUUGCAGAGCUCAGAACAACGGCUGUCCUUACAACCACGAGCUGCCUCCGAAACCCUCUCAACAGACAGAAAGCGCCAAGCGCUUCCUGAACGUUGAUUCUCCAUCUUUCAAACCCUUGUCGCCUGUCACGAAUAACGCGCAGCCUGUGAAGACUCUCGGCAUUUCGCCAAAAGCCGCUUCAGCAGCUGUCUUCACACCAAAGUCAACCGGUAUGGUCAGCCUAAUUGCAACCUGGAUUAAGAGGCUGACGCAAAUCAGCNNAGCAGUGCCUGCUGCAUCAGCCAAACAACCAUCGACAGAAUGGUCUCAGCGUGGUAUACAAGAGUUCGUGCCCCAGAACUUCGUGCCUCAAGCGGUAAGUACUAAUCUUUGGACACUUUUAUGGUGUCAUCGUACUGUUCUCGGGCUUAGCAAUGGGCGUCAUGUGCUGAUGAAGGCUGCGUACAGGCUGAGNAGCGGCUCUUCUGCGAACAACAUAUCCUCUUUCGAUCCGUUCACCAUGCAAGGGAAUUCUGGUCAGAUAUCCGAUGCUUCCCAUGCUCCGCAGAUCAACCCCUACCAUCUCUAUGCACCCUUGGGUCCUCAUCGAGAGAACCUCAUGGCUUAUCAGCGGACAACUCAUGACUUUUUCAUUCCCGAUCACUUGCGUGAGGAGAUGCAACGUAAAUCUGAAGCAUCUCUCCAGACAUUCUCCAAUACCGCACUGCCUCAGCAGAUAGAACACUUCCAUUCUCUGGUUGCUCUCGAUACAAACGUCCAAAAGUCUGCAUCAGCAUAUGGCUAUCCAAGUUGGAUAUACAAGGCCACCUCCAGCAAAGAUGGGUACAAUUAUGCUCUAAGACGUCUAGAAGGUAGACACUCUUGCUCCUACUUUCCAAUCAUUGAAAGCUUACAUCAGACUUGCNNAGGCUUUCGACUGACCGAUGAGAACGCGAUACGCACUAUCCAGACCUGGAAACGUAUCAGCAACGGAAAUGUUGUUACUGUCCAUGACGCUUUCACAACCAGAGCAUUCGGAGAUAGUUCUCUGAUCGUCGUCACUGACUACCAUCCUCUCUCUCAGACGCUGGCUGACAAGAUAUUCACUCCAAACACCAGAAAUCCAGGAGUCCCCAUGUCGCGAUCUCCAGGAAGCUACGUGACUGAUCAUGAAUUAUGGGGAUACAUCGUCCAGCUCGCAUCUGCUGUCAAGGCUAUCCACUCAAUAGGCCUUGCUGCUCGCCUUAUGACUCCUCAGAAGAUCCUUAUCACGUCCAAGAAUCGACUGCGCUUGAACUCUUGUGGCAUCCUUGAUAUCGCUCAAUACGAACAGGGCCGCAGCAUAUCGGAGCUCCAGCAAGAUGAUAUACUGCAAAUGGGGCGCUUGAUACUCUGCAUAGCCAACAANAAUCCUACGGCUCACCACAACACUCAGAAAUCUCUUGAGCAUGUUGGUCGAGCAUAUAGCGAAAAGAUGCGCGAGGUAGUGACCUGGCUACUCACCCCUGCUGCGCCAAUGACACCAACUCAAGCACCAACAAGCUCUCCCGCUCCCGCAGCAGCGACUACGUCUUCAGACCACGAUAUCGACAGCUUCCUCUCACUGAUCUCGUCGCAAAUAACAUUAACCUUCGACGCCAGUUUGCAUGAAGCCGACUCACUGACGAGUAAUCUGUCUCGCGAGCUUGAGAACGCACGCAUUGUACGCCUGCUUACCAAGCUUAACAUGGUCCUUGAGCGCCCCGAGGCGACUCUGGCAUCCAAUGCUGCGAACCCAAAUCAGCCUGCUGCUCCACACACUCUUAACCACACGUCAUCUGCUUGGUCCGAGACUGGAGAACGAUACUACCUCAAACUGUUCCGUGACUAUGUGUUCCAUCAGGUUGAUGCAGAUGGUCGACCUGUCCUUGAUCUCGGACAUAUUCUGACAUGCUUGAACAAGAUGGAUGCUGGUAUUGAAGAGAAGAUCAUGCUGGUUAGCAGAGACGAGCAGAAUUGUUUCGUCGUCAGCUACAGAGAGGUCAAGAGAGGGUUUGAGAGCGCUUGGACAGAGUUGAUGAAGGCUAGUCANGGGGGAAGAAGAUAG